ACAAAUUGUAGCAUCUGUGUUACCUGUACUUUUGUGGCACGUUUUAAGAAGUUUUAAAAAUAGUAAAUAUGGAUCAUAUAUUGUUGUUUUAUCAGGAUCCAUGGCACACAACUUGCUGAAAUGCCAUUUAUCGGGACACGCCAUAUUUAUAGGCGUAAAGGGAUGUGUCGGCGGCUAUUAUCUGCUAUUGAGAUGUGCCUCUACAAUCUGAAAGUUGAGAAGCUGAUCAUUCCUGCUAUAUCCGAGCAUAUUCAUACCUGGACUGAAGUUUUUGGUUUCAACCAGCUUGAAGAAUCACACAAACAUGAGAUGAGAUCUAUGAAUAUGUUGGUGUUUCCAGGAGUAGAUAUGCUACAGAAGCAGUUAGUAAGGCAAGGGGCACCACAAGGUUCAAGAAAUGCUGAUUGUAACAAACCUUGUCCAUUGCCUGCACUGAUAGGAGGAGCAUCAGACACGGUUUCUUCUGCCAACAGUGCUAAGUGUGAUCCAAAUAAAUGCUAUGACACUGACCCGCCGAGUGCUGAUGAAAUUCAUGCGAAGGGUGAAAGCGUGUGCUCUGUUCAUCCAGUUUCAGUUGUGCAAUCACAUGAUAACACAACGAUUGGUGCGCCAGACGGUUCUCCAACUGCGACCAACCUUUCCAAUAAGGAAGCCAAAUCAAUCAAAUCUGAGGUGGAGAACAAGUUUGAUGAAUCUUCGGUAAAUGUGGCACACUCUACAUUAGGUGAAAUUGAUACCACACUUGAUAUGGAAGACGCACCUACAAACGGUCUCAAAGUAGCCUGUGAGAAAUCUAUCAAAGCUUCUGUACAAGAGGUUCAAGAAUAUGAAGCUGCCUUCCCGGUCACCAGAGAAAUAGCUGAUGAAAUUCAGGAAGCAGUGGUGUCUCCUGAUACAUGUGGGAUUGAUGGGGCUAUCCCACAACGUUGUUUAGAAUCAUUUCAGAGUAAGGUUGAAGAAGCCCACGACAUGUCAGAUGCUUCUAAUCCAAAGGCAUUGCCUACUAAGGGUGAUAUCCUUUCCACUACCGAGAGAUCAAAUGGUGGGCCCACUGUAGUCGAUGGUAAAGAGAAUUUCGCUGAUCCCAUGCAUUGUUCUUCUUUAGAUUGUUCCUUUCAAUGCAACACUGAAGAUGCAGCUAGCAGAGAGGCUUCACAAUCUACCAAACUAUCUGAACCUAAACCUACUACUACUAUACAGUUCGCCUCAGAUUUAUGUCCACCAAGCACAACAAAUGGUGAAAAUGAACCAACCCCGUCCUCUGAAAAAUCUACAGAUGCCAAAGGCAAUUGAGGUUUUGCGCGUUCGGAUGAUGAUUGACUUGAAGGCAAGAAUGUGAGAUAUUCUUGUUUGGAAUCUCACUGAUAUCACUAGAAAAAAAAUGAUGAAUGUCAUCAAGGCAAAAAUGAACCAAAUCCGUCUAAUAUUUUAAGCCUCUGAGUUUAACUUUCUUAAAAACGCCCGAAGUCAAGGGACGGACACUCCUCCAUGUCAAUGUGGCAGUGAAAUUUAAGGUGAGUGCAAAUGACUUGGGAUUUUCAACGCGGGCCGAGGGUAAAGAGUCUAACUAAAAUUCUUGACUAUACAGCUUGAAGAAAUGUAGGUUAUAUUGUUCUUGUUUUAUUCUGUAGAGAGAUUUCUGUGGAGGGUCAGAAGUGUUAAAUAUAUUGUAUAUAUUUAAUAUAUUGUAUUACUCUCU